UCUCUGCUUUUUGCCUGCUUAGACAUCCAAUAAGUAGGAGCACAUCAAUGCUGUAUUGAUUGAUCGAUCUUGACAGUUUUUCAGUGACUGACAACGUAAGCAAUUUGAAACAAAAUUUUGUACCCUUUGAGGCAAGGAUAGGGUUUUGAGGUGCCCAAAGUGGCUCAGGAAGAGAAUAUGGAAGAAGACAUUCUAAAAGAGCAGCUGUGUGAUGUAUUGUAGCUUUCAACAGCAAUUGCUGGACAUUAAGAUGAAAAUGAAUGUCAAAUAAAGGCUGAAAGAAUGCUGCAUUACCGAUGAGGAUUUUAUGAGCUACACGCUGUCUUCCUAUUGGCAAGACAGACCUUCUGCGGUUCUGAUUUGUAUAAUCCUAGCAAUCAAAAUCAACACCGUCCUUUAUGAACAGCCCCAACCAUGUAGAUAAGCAUGAGAUCUCCGUCGCACAGCUGCAUGCGUAGUCUCGGUUGAAGCAAUCGCCCAGCUAAUUGGUUGACAAUCUCGGUAUGUUAUAAACAAACAAAACACAUUUUAAAGACGGGUGGCAUCUGUAUUUAUGAUUUUGCAAAUAAGCGUAUUGAGUGUCUGCUGAUGGAGCCCUCUGGCAGUGGAGAGUCUUAUGAUGACCCUGAUCCUGGAGGCAAACCCCAAGAUCCAGUGGCCAGAAAACAGCCCGAGGCAGAGCAAAAGUUAUCCAAAAUGACCCACAAUGCUCUGGAGAACAUUAAUGUGAUUGGCCAAGGCUUGAAGUACCUCUUCCAGCACCAGCGCCGAAGGUCAUCCGUGUCUCCUGGUGAUGUUCAGCAAGCUCAGGCCGAUUUGGAGCCUGAAGUGGAUCUGGAAAGCCAGAGCUGCUGUCCUGAAACUGAUGAUGUCUCCACCCACCCCACAGCUCUGAACCGAGUUCUGCAGCAGAUCCGAGUGCCACCCAAGAUGAAGAGGGGAACGAGCUUGCAUAGCAGGCGGGGCAAGCCAGAGGCCCCAAAGGGAAGUCCCCAGAUCAACAGGAAGUCAGGUCAGGAUGUGGCAGUUUUGCACCCAGGCCGGCCCAGAUCAUCUUCCACCACCGAUGCUCCCACCAGUACAGCUGUUAUGGAAUUUGCAUGUGCCACAUAUCUACCUGGAGAGGAGGCCGCUGCGGAAAGGGGUCCCUGUGAACCAAGAAGUCUUCUCAGCCAUCUAAUGGUGAUACCUACGCGAAAGCCUAUCACUAGGACAUCCACUCUUGGAAUCCCCAGGAAGAUCGAGCGGUUGGAAGUAAGCAGCAUUGCCCAGACAUCUAGCGCAGUGGCCUCCAGCGCCGACGGCAGUAUCAAUACCGACUCUGUGGAUGGGACCCCAGACCCUCAGCGGACAAAAGCUGCCAUCAUCCACCUGCAACAGAAGAUCUUAAAGCUGACUGAGCAGAUCAAGAUCGAGCAGACUGCCCGAGAUGACAACGUUGCUGAGUAUUUGAAACUUGCCAAUAACGCCGACAAACAGCAGACAGCUCGGAUCAAGCAGGUUUUUGAGAAGAAGAAUCAAAAGUCAGCCCAGACUAUCCUGCAGCUGCAGAAGAAACUCGAGCAUUAUCACCGGAAGCUCCGGGAAGUCGAGCAGAAUGGGAUCCCGCGGCAGCCAAAGGAUGUCUUCAGGGACAUGCACCAGGGUCUGAAGGACGUAGGGGCAAAAGUGACCGGCUUCAGCGAGGGGGUGGUGGACAGCGUCAAAGGUGGGCUCUCAAGCUUCUCCCAGGCCACCCAUUCAGCCGCGGGGGCCGUUGUGUCGAAACCCCGGGAGAUCGCCUCAUUGAUUCGAAAUAAGUUUGGCAGUGCAGACAACAUCUCUAACCUGAAGGACUCUCUCGAGGAAGGCCAGGUGGAGGAUGGAACUGGGGGAAAGCCCCUGGGGGUGAUUGCGAAUUUUCAGUUGAGCCCAAAGUACGGUAGUGAGGAAGACUGUUCCAGCGCUACAUCAGGUUCAGUAGGAGCUAACAGCACCGGAGGCUGCCCUCUGGGACCAUCUAGUUCCAAAACAAACACUUUGGACAUGCAGAGCUCAGGGUUUGAUGCAAUACUCCAAGAGAUCCAGGAGAUCAGAGAGACCCAGACCAGGCUUGAUGAGUCAUUUGAGAACCUCAAAGAACAUUAUCAGAGGGACUAUUCCUUAAUAAUGCAAACCCUGCAGGAAGAGCGAUAUAGAUGUGAACGAUUGGAGGAGCAAUUAAAUGACCUGACUGAGCUCCAUCAGAAUGAAAUUUUGAACCUUAAGCAAGAACUGGCCAGCAUGGAGGAGAAAAUUGCCUACCAGUCUUAUGAAAGGGCCCGAGACAUUCAGGAAGCCCUGGAAGCUUGCCAGACCCGGAUCUCCAAGAUGGAGCUGCAGCAGCAGCAGCAGCAGGUUGUCCAACUGGAAGGACUGGAGAACGCCACCGCCAGGAACCUCCUGGGCAAGUUCAUCAACAUCCUUCUCGCCCUCAUGGCUGUCCUCCUGGUCUUCGUCUCGACCGUGGCCAACUGCAUCGUCCCUCUCAUGAAGACCCGCAACCGGACGUUCAGCACUUUAUUCCUCGUGGUCUUCAUUGCCUUUCUCUGGAAGCACUGGGACGCGAUCUUCAGCCAUGUGGAACGGUUCUUCUCCCCCCCUAGAUGAUGCUGAUGAUGUUGUGGGGAGGCCGCUGCCCCCAGCUCUGGCGAGUGCAUGCGGCAAAGAUUAGACAGCGACUUACUCUGAAGUUUCAACCAAUACCAGAGUCGAGUGAAUCUGUUUACAUUUAGAAUAACUUUUUUUCUCUGAGACACGAUUGCAAUAGUAUUUUUUAGAUUUUAUCCAAGAAGUUUUGGGGGGCCGAGGAUCCUGGAUCAUUUUUAUGUAGCAUGAUUCUCCCAGGAUGCAGAUCGUAAGGGUUCUCAAAAUGUGACCACACAAAACCAACAAGACCUGGAGCACACUAAUAGGCAAUUUCCAUCCUGCAUUAAUCCCCAUUAGGAAGAUGAACUAGUGUGGUUCGCUUAGACCAGUUAGACCUGGUUGCUGUCUCAUCUGACGGCCCCACCCUGGCCCCCAGGAUGAUACUCUUUACUGUGAAAUCCUCGCACAUUCCACGGCUGAAUGUAUAGAUUCAGGGUGGGUUUUCUUUAGCUGCGGAAAUCGCACGGAUCUCUCCUCCGACUUGCACACCCGAGUCGACCGCUCACGCUAACCUGCGGUUUGCUCAUUUUUGUGUCCGGCUGCUUAACCUUUGGCUAGACUACAGAAAUGAAAAUGCCAUGACCUACACGAUAACUGUACAGUCCUCCUCCAGUAUUUUGAAGUUGCCCUCUAAACACUUAAUCUUAAGCAAAAGCCCUUGGCCGCACUUUUAAGGUUUUUUUACGUGUGUACAGUCACAGAUUUAAAACAAAAAAGGCCGAACAGCAUACUUGAAGAAUGUAAUACUCAAACUCUCAGUGCUUCCUUAUGGUUUC